AUGGGAGCCGGCGGCGUCGUUCUCCGCUUUUUCAAUCUAGCCAUCCGUGUUCUUCAGUUCCUCGCUGCCGCAGUCAUCCUGGGAAUCUUCUCAUACUUUCUGGCUGUUCAGAGCCAACAUAACCAGCACAUUCCAACAUGGAUGAAGGCCGUGGAGGGUCUUUCCGGCGCGGCAGCUUUGUACGGAAUCCUCGGAUCACUCUUCACCUGCUGCGUGGGCGGGAUUGCCUUCUUCGCCUUCCUGGCUAUCGUCCUCGAUGUGUGCUUUAUCGGAGCGAUGAUCGCCAUCGCCGUGAUGACCCGUGACGGAACCCAGUCUUGCUCCGGGAACGUCAAUACUCCCCUGGGCUCCGGCGCUGAUAAUGUCGACAGCGCAUCUGGCGUCCGGCUGGGCUACGCAUGCAUGCUCGAAAAGGUCACUUUCGCGGUCUCAAUUAUCGGAAUUUUCCUCUUCUUGAUCUCAAUCCUCUUCCAACUCCUCUACGCCCGCCACCACAAGCGCGAGAAGCGUUUCGGCCCUUCCCCGGCAAACGGGUACACCUACGGCACCCAACGCCGCGGCUUCUGGCGCCGCAACAAGCGUACCCCGGAAACCGCCAGUGCAGACGACAUGCUUCCUGGUCACCCGACCCCUCAAGACGUGGAAAUGGGCGAUAAAGCCGAGAAGCCCGGCGUCUUCGGUGGUCGCUUCUUCUCGCGCAACAAUAACGCUGCGGCUAAUGGCGCGCCGAACACGGUGCAGAAUGGUUAUGGUGGCUCGGCCUAUACCGGCACCUAUUGA